AUGCCCGUGAUUAACCCGAUAUCCCCUUCCUGCCGCCCGAUAUCCCCUUCCUACAUCCUCUCGCCUCUCCGCGCGACCUCCUCCCGUCGCACUCGCUUUCCCCUCACAUCGCCCUCGCUUCCCCCUCCCGUCGUCCUCGCUUCCCCCUCCCAUCGCCCUCGCUUCCCCCUCCCAUCGCCCUCGCUUCCCCCUCCCGUCGCCCUCGCUUUCCCCUCCCAUCGCCCUCGCUUCCCCCUCCCGUCGCCCUCGCUUCCCCCUUCCGCUGCCCUCGCUUUCCCCUCCCAUCGCCCUCGCUUCCCCCUCCCGUCGACCUCGCUUCCCCCUCCCAUCGCCCUUGCUUCCCCCUCCCAUCGCCCUCGCUUCCCUCUCCUAUCGCCCUCGCUUCCCCCUCCCGUCGCCCUCGCUUCCCCCUCCCGUCGUCCUCGCUUCCCCCUCCCGUCGCCCUCGCUUCCCCCUCCCGUCGCCCUCACUUCCCCCUCCCAUCGCCCUCGCUUCCCCCUCCCAUCGCCCUCGCUUCCUCCUCCCUUCGCCCUCGCUUCCCCCUCCCAUCGCCCUCGCUUCCCCCUCCCGUCGCCCUCGCGUUCCCCGCCAAUCGCUAAUCCACUUGCGCCAUCUGUCUGCGUGGGGCAGCAGCAUCACCACUUCCUCCUUUCCCUCUCUCCCCCCCAAACCCGCACCCGCUCUUCCCCUGCAGUCGCUGGUUCACUUGCGCCAUCUGUCAGUGUGGGGAAGCAACAUCACCAGCGCCUCUGCCUCGCUGCUCCUCGCCUCCCCCCGCCUGCUCUCCGCCAACCUCGCCUGGACUGCCCUCUCCCACCUCCCGGCCCACCCCUCCCUCACCGCCCUCCACCUCUCCCACUGCCCCCUCCUUUCCAUUGGCUUCCCUCUCCCCUCCUCCUCAUCCUCUCCCUUCGCCUCCUCUCAUUCCUCUUCUCACUCCUCCUCCUCCUCCUUCCCCCUCACUCAUCUCGUUCUCUCUGGUGCCUUAAUCGCUCCUCCCUCCUCCCUCUUCCCUCUUCCCCCCCAGCUCACUCGGUUCCCCUGCUCAUUCUCUUCCCCCCCGGCUCACUCUGUUCCCCUGCUCAUUCUCUUCCCCCUCGGCUCAUUUCGUUUCCCCUGCUCAUUCUCUUCCCCCCCGGCAUACUCUGUUUCCCCUGCUCAUUCUCUUCCCCCUCGGAUCACUCCGUUUCCCCUGCUCAUUCUCUUCCCCCCCGGCUCACUUUGUUUCCCCUGCUCAUUCUCUUCCCCCCGACUCACUCUGUUUCCCCUGCUCAUUCUCUUCCCCCCGGCUCACUUUGUUUCUUCCUGUUCACUAUAUGUUCCGUUGCUCAGUCUGUUCCCCAUUUCACUCACCCCCCAUUUCUAGCCGCGCAGGGUACAGGUCCCAGCACCAUGGCCCAGGGUUUAUUGCAUGCAGGGUAG